GCGGCGUCUGAGGUCUCCAGCAGGGCCGACGCUCUUGUGCUCGUACGGUCCUCGGUGGGCAACCGGCGCCCCUCCGCAGCCCGAGUUCCCGGCCGCCGCUCCAGCGCGCCCGGAUCUGGCCCCCUGUCCCGCGAAGAUGGCUGCCGUACGCCGGGCCCGCAGUUACUGCCGCUGCCUGGUGCGCUUCUCCGACCGAGAACUCUGCUAAGCCCAGCUGCAGUAGACAGGCAGGAGUAGACACCCGACACCGAGCACCCCUCUCCAGCGGGGCGGUGCAGAGGGGGCGCAGAGAGCCCCUCGACCGCGGCCAGCCGCCCCGCCAGCAUGGCAGAAGCUGAGGAAGAUUGUCAUUCUGAUACUGUCAGAGCAGGAGAUGAUGAAGAAAAUGAAAGUCCUGCUGAAACAGAUCUGCAGGCACAACUCCAGAUGUUCCGUGCUCAGUGGAUGUUUGAACUUGCCCCAGGUGUAGGCUCUAGCAGUUUAGAAACUCGACCUUGCAAAGCAACAAGAGGCUCUUUACUGAAAGCAGCAGCAGAUGCCAAAGGAAAACAAGAACUGGCAAAAGAAGAAAAGGCUCGAGAACUCUUCCUAAAAGCAGUAGAAGAAGAACAAAAUGGAGCUCUCUAUGAAGCCAUCAAGUUUUAUCGUAGGGCUAUGCAACUUGUACCUGAUAUAGAGUUCAAGAUUACUUAUACCCGGUCUCCAGAUGGUGAUGGCGUUGGAAACAGCUACAUUGAAGAUAAUGAUGAUGAUAGCAAGAUGGCAGAUCUCUUGUCCUACUUCCAGCAGCAGCUCACAUUUCAGGAGUCUGUGCUCAAACUGUGUCAGCCUGAGCUUGAGAGCAGUCAGACUCACAUAUCAGUGCUGCCAAUGGAAGUCCUGAUGUACAUCUUCCGAUGGGUGGUGUCCAGUGACUUGGACCUCAGAUCAUUAGAGCAGUUGUCUCUAGUGUGCAGAGGAUUCUAUAUCUGUGCCAGAGACCCUGAAAUAUGGCGUCUGGCCUGCCUGAAAGUGUGGGGCAGAAGCUGUAUUAAACUUGUUCCUUACUCAUCAUGGAGAGAGAUGUUUUUAGAACGGCCUCGUGUUCGAUUUGAUGGCGUGUAUAUCAGUAAAACUACAUAUAUUCGUCAAGGGGAACAGUCUCUUGAUGGUUUCUAUAGAGCCUGGCACCAAGUGGAAUAUUACAGAUACAUAAGAUUCUUUCCUGAUGGCCAUGUGAUGAUGUUGACAACCCCUGAAGAGCCUCAGUCCAUUGUUCCGCGUCUAAGAACUAGGAAUACCAGAACCGAUGCAAUUCUGCUGGGUCAUUAUCGCUUGUCACAAGAUACAGACAAUCAGACCAAAGUAUUUGCUGUAAUAACUAAGAAAAAAGAAGAAAAACCACUUGACUACAAAUAUAGAUAUUUUCGUCGUGUCCCUGUACAAGAAGCAGAUCACAGUUUUCAUGUGGGGCUACAGCUGUGUUCCAGUGGCCACCAGAGGUUCAACAAACUCAUCUGGAUCCAUCAUUCUUGUCACAUUACCUACAAAUCAACUGGUGAGACUGCAGUCAGUGCUUUUGAGAUUGACAAGAUGUACACCCCCUUGUUCUUUGCCAGAGUAAGGAGUUAUACUGCUUUCUCGGAAAGACCACUGUAGAGCCUCAAGUCCAGUCCCAUCACUGUUGCAUGAAUAAAAGUAUAUAGUGCAAAAGAGCACCUAAGUUAUAAAUGUACAUAUAUAUAUAUAUGGAAUUGGAACUUAUUUUAAAUUGUUGGAAUUCUUUUAAGAAGAGUAUAAAUUGAUUAUUUUUUUUAUUUAAAGGGAUAGUUGAUUCUUGGGGUGUUUUGUUUUGAAAUUAUAAGUAUUAUGUUAUGAACAACCUUAAUAGAGGUUUUAAUCGUGUCCUUUUUCAAGCAAAUUUCCAUCACAUAAAUUGUCUUCUGCCUGAUCAUUUUAAUAUCUAAUUGCAUCAGGAGAGAGCUUUACCGAAUAAGUAUUUUAUUUCCUGCAUGACAUAGUGUCUUUGCACUAAGGCUCAAAGUGUGAAAACUUGUUCUGGAUUUGUUUGAAACUGUUGAACCAAUAAAGAUAAAUGUUUCUUUCAAGGAAA